AUGGGUAACCUGGGAGGACAGACACCAUUAAUGUUUGCCGCUCGGGGAGGACACCUGGAGGUGGUGACGUACCUUCUCAGUCACGGCAGUCAGUUAGAGACCACAGACGAGUGGGGAAGGACACCAUUAAUGUUUGCCGCUGAGAGAGGACACCUGGAGGUGGUGACGUACCUCAUCAGUCACGGCAGUCAGUUAGAGGCUACAGACCCGUAUGGAAGGACACCAUUAAUGUUUGCCGCUAUGGGAGGACACCUGGAGGUGGUGACGUUCCUUGUCAGUCACGGCAGUCAGUUAGAGGCCACAGACAGGGAUGGACAAACAGCUUUACAUUGGGCUGCUCAGUAUGGAGGGAUUGAUGUAACAAAAUGGUUACUAGAUCAAGGAUGCAGUCCUUGGGUGAAAACAAAAAAGGAAUAA